UCAAAUGGUUCGUUAAUGGCGUUCGAGAUCCCUGCCGACUUCCGUGUUGAUGAGUAUAAGCCGCAUACGCUCGGAGAUGGAUUUGACGGUGUUCCUCUACAAGGUUCCGGUUCUCCGGGAUCACCAGUGUCGUUUUAUCCGAAAAGCAAACCUUCAUACGUUAAACCAGAGAUCAUUCUAUCAGGAGACGACGACGGCAAUGUCUAUCUGUUCACCGCCGAGGACGACAAAGAUCCCAGUAAUUGGAACUACGCAUAUGAUAGUAUUUUCGCGGCGGAGGGAAUUGUAGGCACUGUCAGUGUGAAGGAUGUGGACGGGGAUAACUAUGAGGAAUUGUUCAUUCCGGCAUACUCCCAGGACGAGCUCCACAUCAUGACAUUUGCCCCGUAACCAUGAUUGGUCUAGUGGGUGCUGUAACUCCACGAUGGUGAAAUCGGUGUUUAAGCUGUCAACACAGUUGUUUUGUUUGCAUAAGAAAUAUGAUAUUAAUUCGAUUCCUCUAUUUUUGUUUGUUUUUAUCUCAAGGUAAACAAUCAUCAUAUAAUAUCCAAAUAAAAAAAUACACAUAUGAUUUAGUAUUUUA